AAAGUUUAUUGAAGCGUAAGAUAUGGCGUAAGAAGAGAUUUGUUUUUGGUCGCAUGUUAUCUUUAAAACUAUGAAGUUAUCGUAUUAUUUCGUUCAUGACCAGAAAUAGUCUUUUAGUGAAAAGUAAGUUGCAUCUUAUCUUUGGUUUCAGUUGACUUAACGUUGAUCGUCAUACUGACCAUCGUUGGUGGAAUAAUUGUUGUCUCCGUACUCUUAUUAUGGUGCCGUAUGAUCAGGACGCACCGCCGGAAAUCUAGCUAUGAACAGAUCAUCACCAACGACAUGUCUCAGUCAAUCACGGCAACAAACAACGUUCCAGAUGGAGUGACGACUGUGAAACAGAUCCCGUUUACUGUUCCCCCGACCUCUGGAGGCGCCUUCCCGACACAGCGACAGGCCCCACACCUCGAGGAGUUAAACUCGGUCGACCACUCCCUGCCCAUUGUGCGCCGAGGAUAUGGACACGAAACUGUCGGUGUUGAGGCGCUGGGCUCAAUCGACCCGAGCCUCUACAUGGUGACUGACGACGCCGACGACGCCUACGAGCUGCCGCCGGAUCAUCUGGGGCGGCUCUGGUUCGCCGUGGAGUACGAGCGCGAAACGGAAAAGCUGUACGUGACCCUGCUCAAGGCUCGCAACCUGCCCUUCAAGUAUGGCACGACCAACGGAUGCGACCCCUUUGUCAGGGUUUACUUGAUGCCUGACGACCGGCGGUUCUUGCAGAGCAAGUUCAAAAAGAAAACAUGUAACCCAACGUUUGAUGAAAGCUACGUGUUCCAGGUGUCCAGUCGGAAUUUCUCUGAUCGGAUCCUGAAGUUCACGGUAUAUGAUGUGGACAGACAAAAGAAGCACCUGUUGAUAGGGCAUGCCCUCUAUCCGCUCAAAGACCACCAACUGGAGAACAAUGAGCGCCUCGUGAUCUGGAGGGACCUCGAUAAAGAAGUCGUCGAGACGACGCACGGCCUUCGCGGUGAGAUCAAGGUGUCCCUGUGUUACAAUGACCGCAUAGAGAGGAUAACGGUCGGGGUAUACGAGGGGAGGGCGCUCGCUAAUGACACCGCCUCCCAUCUAGACUCCUACGUGAAAGUACAGCUGAUGGUUCAAAACAAGACCGUCAAAACGAAAAAGACCGAGAUAGUCCGCAAGAGCUCGGAGCCCGUCUUCAACGAGUCGUUUACGUUCAAGCUGCCGGCAGCGUCCCUCGACACCGCCAAUGUCACCGUGACCGCAAUGCAGCACCAGACCGGAUAUAAAGACAAGGUAAUAGGCAAGGUGACCAUUGGUUCGUUCAUGUUUUGCCGAGGGAAGGAGUUGCAGCAGUGGAACGAGAUGGUCGGCCAGCAGACGACACAGGUCGUGCACUGGCAGCAGCUUGUCGACUGAUACCACGUGACUAAGUAGGAUACUCUGCACGUGCAGACUGCCGAAUGUGUUCGUUGUAAACACCUGAAGUGCUUUACCACGCUGACAAAUAGGCGCGCUUGUCACAUUUAGUGUCAUCACUUUCUCGUUUUACAACUUAACAGUGUUUCUUAAAUAUUUAUAUACUGUUAAAUAAAAAAUCUCAGAACACCCACAUGACAAUCUUGUCAUGUAUCUGGUAAAAUGUAAAAGUAAAAAAAUAAAAGAAUAAUUGUAACAACAUCGUAAACACACAUACAAUACAUUUAAUACAAUCGUUACUUAACACUUCUAAUAAAACAAUUUUAUUUUGCAAAUAAGCCCGAUUUUUUAGGCCACAGCUGCAUGUGGUCUGGAAUCACAAGCUCAUAUUGCUCAUUGUUGUCUUUUGAACACCUUGUAUAUGUCGUAUUGCCGUUCAUAUGUAUUAAAGGGGGAAGUAACAGGUAAAUAGUUGUGCUGUGUUUUUUCUAUGCUGAUGUUACUUUUCCCUGCGAACAGGUACGUGAAUUAUAAGUAUUUGAUUCCCAAUUGCAAAGCUCCCAUUAUGUAUAAUUGCUCUCUUAAUAAUUGUUCAUUAUGUAAAUCGACAUGUAACAUGUAUGACUCAAACUUACGGUAAGUUAAAUUAAUAUUCCGUUCAAUCAAUGAUUGAUGGCGAGCCUUCGGAUUGCUAUUUCUCAGCAUACUCCUGUAUGAAAUACCUGUUAGUUUACACGUGUUUUAUUGACUUAUAUUUGAUAUGGCGAAAACACCAUAAUUAUCUUAAUAUUCGGUCAUUUACAUUUGAAAUCUAUGCAAUAGUUGGUGUAAUAUAUUUACUAGCAAAAGAUAGCACAUUCCUUACAUGUAGCCAAGCUCCGAGCGCUGACACUGGAUAACAGGGCAAUCAUAGCAUUUCGGUGUCCAAAAAUUCUUGUUAGCAAAAUUCCUUGACAUGAUUCGUUUAUUGCUCUCUUUCAUAUUUUUUUUCAUAUUUGGUCGUAUGCAUCUUUUCUUUACAAUUGUAAUAAUAGGAUGGUAUACAGAGAUACAUUUGAAAUGAAUUGUAUUAUUCCGAUCAUAUAUAAAAAUUAUAAAAUGUUUAUAGAAACACGCCGGUAGUAUGGAUACUUUGAUGACGGAUGGACUUUGAUGACGGAUGGAACUUCGAUAACAGAGAACAACACUCGCGAAAAUGUUAGUUCUUCACCUUUUUUGCAUGAAUUUUCUGUUCAUUUGGGUUUUCAGACACUGAAAUCUGUUUGGCCAAUUAAUUGUAAACCACUUGGUAUUGAGAAGAAAGAAACUCGAGAGAAAACGGUUGAUUUUAAGAAAAAAGAUGAUAACAUUUCAUCGAAAAUCAGCAGGAUGUAUGAUCAGUACACAUAUAUAUAGUUCAACAUAAUACAAAUGCUUAGGAAUUUCUCAUGAACACAAUAUAUUCGUAUACUAUACGAAUAAAAAGAUAAAUACGUCUAUUAAUGUUACAACGUGUUAAAUUUGUAGUUUACUGACCUAUUUGAGGAACUUCAAAUGUCUUAAGAGUCCAAUGCCACAUUUUCAUGGAUAACUCUUAAGCUGAUCACCUCAAUCAUAAUCGCACUUUUAUUCCCGAGUAUCCCACACUUUGUAACAGAUAUAUUAACACACAAUUAUAAGUGCACCAGAAAUGCAAAAUUUUGUGUUGAUUACUGCUAUAGUAAACAGGCAAUACAUGUACUUAAAACAAUUAUGUACCGGUGAAUUAAAGACGGUUCAUCAAACAUUUGCUUCAUUUUUCUUAUCCCUUUGGAAUGUGAGCAUGAUAGAUUUUCAGUGGAUAUUCAAUGUAGACACAUCUUGAGGAUUAAAAUCUGACCCUUUGGGCGCGAAGUUUCAAUUUAUUUCUCUUAUAUCAAUUGUAAGGUUGAAACUUAUAUAAAUUUCUCUCGAUGCCCGCUUGUUUUGGUACUUUACCUGUAUACUCGCUACACAGUGCCAGAGUUGUUAAUAUCCGUUUUCCGACACGUAAGUUAACGUGAUUCAAUGUGUCUACAACAUUAUGCAUACCACCUAAUGAAACAUGCUCUAGCUUCGUUCAUAUUUCAUUUAGUAAUAUCAACAUUUCAGUAUUUGGAGCACAGUAAUUACUCUAUAUACUGGAAAAGCAACACCCUGUAUUGCUAUAUUUCUAAGUAUGUUCAUUUCAAUAAAAAUGUGCACCGAUCAUUCAGAUUAUCCUGUUUUCGGAUGGAAUUUUCUCUUUUUUGCAAAUAUAUAACAUUUUCCCUAAAAUCCCCCUCCUUCAGAUUACAACAGAAUAUAUGUUUAUCAACUCUACCAUGUACCGUGUCUCAAAAACGUAUAAUAAGGAUAUAAAUUAAAGAAAAAUUAAACUAAAGAACUUAAAUUUCGCGUAUGAAUUUUGUUUUUCUCUGUUAUCGAAGUGCAAUCCGUUAUCCAAGUAACCGCAUUACGAGUAUUAAAGUGGUGUAUUAUUUGUAUCGCUGUAACAAUUGCUCAACUACCAAUGUUUUAUUUGAAAUUAUUUUUGAAAUGGUUGAAUAACACGAAGUGGAUUAUUGGUUUGACGAUUUUAUAUAUAUUGUAACUAUGAAAUUACGUCGCGAAUGCGUUUUUGUAAUCCUUAUCAAACAAUAUUUUCAACAUGUAUUAAUCUUUAUAUAUUUUUAAGUUCGCAAUCGAGAACAAUAUUCAGAUUACAUAAUUUUGGUGACACUGGUUCAAAUUUUAUGAACUUUUAUAAUUUGGGUUGUGAGAUUUUAUUUUAGCUCAUUGCACCUCAAAAACACGGGCCUGAACGAAGGGAAUGUAUCUACUUGCAUUGUCAAACAAACUUAGUCCAUGACUUCUGUACGUAGUAAUUAUUGAGUUGAUAGGAAGCGUAUAUUUAUAACAUGCUUACCAUCCACGUUUAUGCUAUCAUGAAUAAAUCUAAUUGACACAUAA